AUGGGUGGUUCCGCUAACGUCGUGUCCCUAAGGCACUGUAAAUCAAAGCAGCUUGCUACUCUGAGUAACCCUGCUGCAGAAGCCGUGCGCCACCCAUCUCCCUGCGGCCGCAGUCCCAGCCGGGCAAGGUUGCGCAAGGAAGUGCAAGGCCUCCUGGUCGCUGCCACCGUUCUGCUGGACCUCCUGCAGAGGGUGGCGAGCUACGCGCGGAAAUGGCAGCAGAUGAAGCCCAUUCCGACGGUCGGCCGCGCCUACCCCCUAGUGGGACACGCGCUGAUGAUGAAGACGGACUCCGCAGAAUUUUUUCAACAAUUAAUUCAGUACACAGAAGAAUAUCGCCAUAUGCCACUGCUGAAACUCUGGCUUGGGCCAGUGCCUAUGGUGGCCCUUUAUAAUGCAGAAAAUGUAGAGGCAAUUUUAACUAGUUUCAAGCAAAUUGACAAAUCCUCUGUGUACAAGUUUCUAGAACCAUGGCUUGGCCUAGGACUUCUUACAAGUACUGGAAGCAAAUGGCGCUCCAGGAGAAAAAUGUUAACACCCACUUUCCAUUUUACAAUUCUGGAAGAUUUCUUAGAUGUCAUGAAUGAGCAAGCAAAUAUAUUGGCUAAUAAGCUUGAAAAACAUGUUAACCAAGAAGCAUUUAACUGCUUUUUUGACAUCACUCUUUGUGCCUUAGAUAUAAUCUGUGAAACAGCUAUGGGGAAGAACUUUGGUGCUCAAAGUAAUGAUGAUUCUGAGUAUGUCCAUGCAGUUUAUAGGAUGAGUGAUAUGAUAUUUCGAAGAAUGAAGAUGCCCUGGCUUUGGCUUGACCUUUGGUAUCUUAUGUUCAGAGAAGGAUGGGAACACAAAAGGGACCUUAAGAUCCUACACACUUUUACCAACAACGUCAUCGCUGAACGGGCCAGUAAAAUGAAGACAGAUGAAGAAUGUAGAGGUGAUGACCGGGGCUCUGUCCCCUCCAAAAAUAAACGCAGGGCUUUUCUUGACUUGCUUUUAAGUGUGACUGAUGAUGAAGGGAACAAGCUAACUCAUGAAGAUAUUCGAGAAGAAGUUGACACCUUCAUGUUUGAGGGCCAUGAUACAACGGCAGCUGGGAUAAACUGGUCCUUAUACCUAUUGGGUUCUUAUCCAGAAGUCCAGAAAAAAGUGGACAAUGAACUGGAUGAAGUGUUUGGGAAGUAUAAGCGUCCUGCUUCCUUAGAAGACCUGAAGAAACUCAAAUAUCUGGAGUGUGUUAUUAAGGAGACCCUUCGCCUUUUUCCUUCUGUUCCUUUAUUUGCCCGUACUCUUAAUGAAGACUGUGAAGUGGCAGGUUACAGAGUUGUGAAAGGCACUGAAGCAGUCAUCAUUCCCUAUGCAUUGCAUCGAGAUCCAAAAUACUUCCCCAAUCCUGAGGAAUUCCAGCCAGAACGAUUCUUUCCAGAGAAUGCACAAGGACGCCAUCCAUAUGCGUAUGUGCCCUUUUCUGCAGGACCCAGAAACUGUAUAGGUCAAAAGUUUGCCAUGAUGGAAGAAAAGACCAUUCUUUCCUGCAUCCUGAGGCAGUUUUGGGUAGAAUCCAACCAGAAGAGAGAAGAACUUGGUUUGUCAGGUCAGCUGAUUCUUCGUCCAUGUAAUGGCAUCUGGAUCAAGCUGAAGAGGAGAAAUGCAGAGGAAGCAUGAGUAUAUUAUUGGAAUGUGUCCUUAUCAUGACAAAGGUCCUUCUUCCAGAGAAAUGUGGCAUUUGCAAUUUAUGGAUCAUGAGCUCAAUACUCUUAAUCCCUAGACCUAACUUUUUCUUGUCCCCUCUGAUCUGAGAGUCAGAUCUACCAAAGAGAGAGUUUUUGUAUUUUUGUCACCACCACAGACAUUACACAUGGUCUUGGUCCAAAAAGUAGAGUAACUGAGUCAGUACCCAAAUAAACAUACAAAAAGUUUCUCAACAGAGAGAUCCACAAGCCAAUUCAAUUCCAAUAGGAACAAAAGAUGUAAUUUAAUUGAAGU